ACAAUUGAAACAGAUAAAAGUAAAGUUGAUUUUACUAAAGGAAAAGGAAUUAGUGACUUUAAAUUUUAUCCAGAUAAUCCUACGAAUGAAAUACACAGGUUGAAAUUUUUAGCCAAAGAGCCAUCGAGAUACUAUGAUCCAUGUUCUGAAAGCAGUAAGAUGUCGAUAAAUUGUUUACAAGAGACAAACUAUGAUAGAGAAAUAUGCCAGGAGUAUAUAGAUGCGUACAAGGAGUGUAAAAGAGCAUGGACACAUAAGAUGAAGCAGGAUAAGUUUAAUGGAAGA